CACGCCUCCUCUUUCCAGUGGCCGAUCCGCUCCCCGCCCACCCCGGCCCUGCUCCCCAGCGCUGCUGCGUCCGAGCGCAUCCUUCUCCCCUGCGCGCCCCUUUGCAGCGCCUGGGAGCUGAACGGCGCCCGGAGGCUCGGAUCACAAGGCGGGGGGGGGGGGAGAGACUCGUGGGGGUCGCCUGCUGCAGUCCAAAGCUGUUCCUUACUGCCGUCUCGAACCCUGAUGCUUUUUGGAAUGAGCGCGUGCGGCAGGAAGGCUCUGACUCUGCUCAGCAGCGUGUUUGCUGUGUGCGGCUUGGGGCUCUUAGGAAUUGCUGUUAGCACCGACUACUGGCUUUACCUGGAGGAAGGAAUCAUCCUGCCCCACAAUCAGACCACCGAAAUCAAAAUGUCGCUGCACUCUGGUCUCUGGAGGGUCUGCUUCUUGGCAGGUGAGGAGCGUGGCCGGUGUUUUACUAUAGAAUACGUCAUGCCCAUGAACGUCCAGCUGACGUCUGAAUCAACAAUCAAUGUUCUAAAGAUGAUUCGUUCUGCUACGCCUUUCCCUUUGGUCAGCCUCUUUUUCAUGUUCAUCGGGUUUAUACUGAGCAAUAUUGGACACAUUCGGCCUCACAGAACCAUCCUGGCCUUUGUAUCAGGAAUCUUCUUCAUUCUGUCUGGUUUAUCUCUGGUUGUGGGGCUGGUGCUGUACAUAUCCAGCAUUAACGACGAGAUGCUGAACCAGACCAAGGAUUCAGAGACUUACUUCAGUUAUAAAUAUGGAUGGUCAUUUGCUUUCUCUGCUAUCUCUUUCCUUCUCACAGAGAGUGCUGGUGUGAUGUCCGUCUACCUGUUCAUGAAACGAUACACGGCCGAGGAGAUCUACAGGCCCCACCCCGGCUUCUACCACCCCCGUCUUAGCAACUGCUCUGAUUACUCAGGGCAAUUCUUGCACCCCGAUGCCUGGGUGCGCGGACGCAGCCCCUCCGAUAUUUCCAGUGAUGCAUCUCUCCAGAUGAACAGUAACUACCCUGCCCUGCUCAAAUGUCCUGAUUAUGAUCAAAUGUCCUCCUCCCCAUGUUGAAUGGCAAUUAACACCAUUGCCUACUUGGGAUUAAGAGCAAGCAGCUGCUGUGUCCUGACUCAGUUUGUCAUUUUUAGGCCACUUUUUCAGGACAAUCCUCUAUUUAUAUGAUCAUAAAUGGUGUUAAUCAUUGCCUAGAGAGUGUGGUAGUUUUUUGGGUUUUUUUAAAUGAUACUUACCCUGCAUAUCUGAAAUACAUCUAAGUCCUGAUCCCCCAGCCAUUCCACACACCCAACAAGUAGUAGCUUUGGAUGUGGAAUAGAUCCAGGAUUGGGCUUAGAGAGGGUUUGAUGUCAAAGAACCACCAGUAGCAAAAAUGCAUUUCAUGGUAGGUGGCACAAGCUUGUGUGUUCGUAUCAGUUUGCUGUAGAUUUAUUGGCAUGAACGAUACAUGUACAUUUCUAAGUAAUGGUAUUAAUUACAAAAGUAUAAAUUGCAUCUUGAUUUGACAUUCACAAUGAUGGACCAUCAUUUCUAUGUAUCAUUUCUAAGUAGGCCAUAAUGAUCAAUAGCCAUCCCUCCCAACUAUACCUCAGGGGAUUUUCAGAGGUCUAUAAUUAAGUUAGGUUCCCACUGAGUUUCUGUAGGAGCCAAGACAUUCAUUUAGGGCGUUUGGCAAAUCAUGUCCAAAAACCAUUCAUGUUAGACCUCCCUCCAAUAUGACUUUGAAAACUUUUGACAUCAGAAAGGCAAAUUCUUGAAACAAACGGUCAGAUUUUCUGCUGGUAUAAAUUGUCAUAGAUCCAUGGAAGUCAGUGGCGCUCUGCUGAUUUCCCCCAACUGAAGAUCUGGUGCAAAUUUUAUAUUUUACAGAAAAUAGUAUACAUUAUUUCAAGCUUGAUUAAUUUUGCAGCGUACCUUCAUUGGGGACCUCGUCAUUCAUGAAAAUGUCAAUGUUAUACACUUUGGUCUUGGAGGACUGAGAGCUACCAGGAGAUGAGUAUCAGUCCAUAUCUAAAUUUAGUUUGGGGAACCGAAGGUGAAAAUCUAUAGACAGUACUGUUGUAAAAAACCACAAGAUUACUGAAAGAACAGUGUCAGAAUGUAUGGUUUCUACUCUUGUUGUUUUAAUGGCCUCAGAAAAUGUCCGCAUAAGAAAAUCCUGCAGGUGUUUUUUGUAUAUUAUAUUUUAAUUUAAAGUUUGAUUGUACUAAAUGUAAUGCACUGACGUUCAACCUCAUUACAAUGUAUUUGUAAUGACCCUUGUACUAUUUUAUCAUUACCGUAUAUACUCGAUUAUAAGCUGGUUAGUUUAUAAGCCAACCCCCACCCCACAAGAUGGAUAAGUAAAAAUGGAAAAAUUUUAUAACCCAUUCAUAAGCCAACCCUGUAACUCAGGGGUCAGCAAAUUUUGGCUCCUGGGCCAUCAGGAUAAGCUCCUGGUGAGCCGAGAUAGUUGUUUACCUCAAGCGUCCACAGGCACGGAGGUAAACUUAAGUAAACAAAGUGUCCCAGCACACCAGCUGCUUACCCUGAUGGGCCGGACAACAACUGGUGGGGAAAUGUUUUUUGGGGGGGAGAAGCUGGGAGUCAGGGGAGUAACCCCUGUGACCACGCCCCACAUGACCCCACCCCUAGCCCGGGGACCCCCACACUCUCCCCAUCCCAUCCCUUCCCACCUUAUCUGGGGAGGGCCAGGGGAGGAUGUCUCUGACCUGGAUGGAGCUGCUCCAAUAGGCUGGGCAGCGCGGCCACAGCCUGCUCUGGUGGGCCAGACUGGGCGGCGCGACCACAGCAUGUUCCAGCAGGCUGGGCUGGGCGGCACGGCCACAGCGUGCUCUGUGGGCGGGGCCGAGCGGCACGGCUGCAGCCUGCCAGUCCUGGAGCUGCGGCUGCUUCAGAGGCUGGGGGGAGAGCAGCGUGGCCAGAAGCGGAGAGACGCUGGCCCCGCCUCUUCCCUUCUGUGUCCGCUGGCCCGCGCUGCCUCUCCUUGCUGCCUCUGUUGGGGGGAGGAGCUGUGUCCCACCUCUCCCUCUCUAUCCCCGUUCAUAAGCCGACCCCCUUCUCUGGUGCUUCCCUUUUUCACUAAAAAAAUUCGGCUUAACGAGUAUAUACGGUAUUUACAACAUAUUCCAAAAUAUGAUCCCAGUUCUGUAUCAGGAGCCAAUGGCACAGAGCCCUGUGCCCACUGGGUUCUGUGGGGCCCCUGCACAGAUAUGUGGGUUUGUGGUUGCCAAUCUGAUGUAGUAUCAGGGCUAAUACUAUCCACCUAUUCCAGAUAAGAAAUGUAAUGUGUAUAUACUGUCGCCUUUACUCCGGGAUAAUUUGCUUUGUUUUAAACCAGGGCAUCAUUUUGUACACUCCAGAAUUUGUAAAUAUGGUUAUAUUUCUCUGUACGUUUUUAUAUGCUCUCCCUUAAGGCAUCUGUUUCUCAUUUUAAAAAUAAUGUAUAUAUUUAUGUAAUAGAUUUGUUUUUAGGCAUAUUUAAGCAUUAAAAAACAACAACAGAACCCUUAAAUUAGAGCUUGAUAUUCAUUACUUAUAAAUAGAAAAUGACCUGCUCAGUCCAGAUGAAGGAUUUAAAAGCUGAGCGUCUCUUAAUGUGUGGUGUUGCAAUGUGCAAAUAUAUAUAGGCCUGCAAACACAUAUGCUCGUUGUCAGGAAAACAUCCCUUUUCAGAACAGUUAUGAAGAGUCUGCUUAAAUUCCAUCAAAGUCCCACGAGUAAUCUCAUAGAAGUCAAUGGGACUACCCAUGUGAUAAAGUUUUCCGUGUAUAAGUGUUUGCAGGGCCGGGGCUCUAUUAGGGAGCCAGGCUAUAAUCAGGUAGAGUAAUGAUUCAUGCCUUUGCCAUUUUGCCAACUGUUCAGUUUUCAGACUUUAAUUUUCAAUCUUGUUAAUGUUUGGUUAGACUCUCAGUGUACAGAGAGCAUUUAGAAUAGAACUGUUUUUACCGAUACAAUGUUUAUAAAUUGAUUAAAUAAGUUUGAUGGUA